CCUGUCUAAGUUCAUCUGCACACACUGCUCCUGCUCACUCUCUGCAGCUCACUUUGCUUUGUCACAUGAAACUUAACUCAUGUCUAAUGGAUUCAUCCUGAGGAUACUGCAGAGGAGCAGAGGAGCAAGCUUUCACAGAGAAGGAUGAGAGUUCUGUGAAAGAGACUUUCACAACACAAGUGUCUACAAGAAUCAGUCUGAACCAAUGGACGACGAUAACGUUUUAUCUUCUGGGUUUGAGCCUCUCUUCAUUAAAGAGGAGGUCGCAGAUCCGGACAGUACCCUGAUGGAGCAAAGCGAGUGUAACACCACACAGUCUGGGUUAGCCUUCACAGCAACAGCACUGAACCAAUCAGCUUUAAUCAGGCCAUACUUACAGGAGAUGGAUGAGUUACUGAAAAGCUGCGAGGAGCUCACUGGGAUCCAGUUUGGCUCUCACUUCUCAGACAGUUACAAGGAAACAAGUCUGACUGAAUCAACUUACAGCCACAUCAAGAAGGAAGACACAAUGGAGAGUGAUAGAGAGACAAGUGUUUCUCCCCAUCUUUCCACAAGCUACAUCGACACACACAUGGACAGGGCUGGAACGGAAGACCAGCCGGCACAAGGUCGGUCGCAAGGCUUGGGCACCAUCAUCAACAGGUGUGGAGCGACCACAGAAGCUUCACGCCAAAGAGACAUGCCGCUGACCUCAGCAGGAAGCAAACUGAGUGACACCAUGGUGGAGUACGAGGGUCAGCUGUUGGGGAUGUUGGCCAUGCUGGAGAGCUGCAUGGAAGAGACUGGGAUGGACUUUGAGCCACAGGGAUGGGCGACAGAUGAGAGCCAAGAGUACGUACACAUCAGUAAGAAUCCUCAGCUUCACCGGGGGACGACGCUGGUGCCCAUUCAGCAAGUACAGCCAAGGAAGUUGGAGACCCAGAUGAUGCAAUCAGAGUCCUGGGCUGGUCAGCAUCCAGAAGAUGAAGUUUCCAAGGAAAGCAGAAAUGAGGCAAUGGAGAGCUCAGCAGCAAAUGAAAGCCAGCAGAGUUCUGUGCUUAGCCGUGACAACAUGGGCGGCUGCUCAAUGGAAACACUGGAAUGGAAAGAGCAGGUGGUUCUUGGUCCUCAGCUCAGGUCUUCAUUAGACAGUACAGGAAAUGAUCCGAUGUACUGUGAGGUGACAAAGGCAGGAUAUAUGUCUACUAACGAAGACACAUGCAUGAAGGGAGACGUAACUGAAGUAGAUGACGCUGAAUCACCGGCUGAGGAGAGACAGGAGCUCGAGAUGGACACCAUUAAUUCGGGAUCCGGCAUAAACGAACUCAGUGCCCUGGGGUGUCAGAUGGAGAAGUGCAUUGAGGAGGUACAGCGGUUAGAGAAGAGGAGGAGGGAGCUGCUGACGGAGGUGCUGGAGUUAAGAGGAGAUAAAAACAGAGAGGAGGCAGAGGGGAGCAAUGAGGAGGAGACGGAGGAGCAAAUUGAAAGCAAGGCGGCAGAGCUGAUGAAUGCGCUGAAGAGGGAGGAGGAGGUGAGGAGAGAGGAGAGGAAGAAAGAGAUUCAGAGCCUCAGGGAGGAGAGGGCAGAGGAGGAGAGGACGCUGUGGAGGGUGAACCUGGAGAGACAGGGGCUGUAUGAGGAGCUGAGGAAGCUGAAGAGGAGGCUGUUUGGGAUGGCGAGGGACUGCGCUCACAACCAGGCCGCCCUGAACACCCAGCGCCGGGAGGUGGAGCUGCUGAAGAGAGAAGAGGAGAAGCUGCAGUCGCUGGUGCUCCAGCUGACGGAGGAGGGCUCCCAGCUCAGGGCGGCUCAAACACAACAGCUCUUAGAGCUUCAGGCACAGCUUCAUGCCCAGAGCUCCAGUCAGACGUCCAACACCCAGGAGGAGCUGACCGAGUACAGGAGGCACUCUUGUGGGGACAUCCAGCAGUACCUGCAGGGGGGGCUGAAGGCCCUGGAGGAGAGGUAUGAACCCAUUUUGCUGACACUGCUGAAGAGAAGGGAGACAACAGCCGGAGCGCUGGCAAAAGCUAAAGAGCAAGCCCAGGAGCUGAAGGCCCAGCUGAGGCCCCUGAAGGAGGAGAUCCAGAAGCUGAUUCUCCAGAGGGCUUGUUUGGAGGAGAAACUCAAAUUGAUUCACAUACAGAGGAGAGAGGAUGCGGGGCAGUACAAGGAGACGGUGUACUUUCUGGAGGACAGCAGCAGAGAGUUGAAGACAGAGUUGAAGAUUCAGAAAAGAAAAACCAAAGAAAUCGAGGAGCUGAAAGACAGCCUCACCAAACAACUUCUCCUCUACAGGGCUGCCAUCAAGGACCAUAAGCAGUGUGACGAUGAGGAGACAACAUGAUUGACUUUAACUCUGAGUUCUGUGAUUUCAUAACAAACUGAUCAUAAUCUGCGACAUGAUGAACUCAUAGAUUAAUUGAAUGCACUUUACACACAUUAAGAGACACGCUGGUGUUAAAACAAAGGUUAUUUUUAGAAGUCUGUGAAGAUGAACUACACUGCAGCUUGUAGAAAGGUUUUUGCUAUGAAUAAAGACUGUGUUCGUUGUAAUCCAA